CCACUGCCUCCUCCACCACCACGGACCGCAUCGCCCUCAGUGCGCAUCACUGAUCGUCCGACAUCACAUCGCACGCAUCAGUAGCGAGAGCCAUGUGCUGACCAUGUUGUUCACCGGUGCCGUUCUCUGCUAUUUGCUCGCCCUAGAACUCGAGUGGCCAUGUCAGCUCUCCCUCUGCAGCUGCUCGCGAGACGACGCCUGACGACUUCGCCAGCAUCCAGCCCCAUCAAGUCCCUGAUGCGUAUCCCGCAGCCCCGCCUACAAUCGUCGACCGCAUCCUCGGCGCAUCACUUCACCUACCGUCUAGCUGCUGCUUCCGCUCCAAAGCAAGCGCCUCCACGACCUCCUAAACCGGGCAGAGACUACUGGAAUUACGCUUCCACUCAUGUGGACCCACGUCCGCCGUACUUGCGCUCGACAAAGCCCGCGUCGGGAGAGGACGCCUUCUUCGCGUCGACCAUUGGGGGAAGUCCGCAUCAUGUUGCCUUCGGCCUUGCUGAUGGCGUGGGAGGCUGGCAGGACCAGGGAGUGGAUCCAUCUGAGUUCAGCCAGGCAUUAUGCGGCUUGAUGGCGGGUUCCGCCAACAUUUACGAAGGCCUCGAUGCUGGGACAUCCUGUAAACCACAAGAGCUCCUGCAGCAAGCCUACGAUGCGGUCAUGGCCAACCCACGCAUCCCUGCCGGAGGCUGCACGGCCAGCUUGGGUGUGGCAGAUCAGGAUGGUAUGGUUGAGACGGCAAAUCUUGGAGAUUCCGGAUAUCUGAUAUUCGGCCCUGGCAAAGUGGCCCAUCGAUCAAUAGUCCAGACCCACGCCUUCAAUACACCAUAUCAAAUGUCCAAAGUUCCCGCUAAGAUGCAAGCACAGUAUGCCAUCUUCGGCGGUGCUACCUACUUCAGCGAAACACCAGCGCAAGCUGAUAUCCACAGCCACCAGCUCAAACAUGGCGACGUUGUUCUCUUCGCUACCGACGGCGUUUGGGACAACCUUUCCGCACAAGAUACACUCCAGAUUGUGCAGCGUGUCAUGGAGGAGGGCGGCUACUGGUUCCGGUCGCACAAUUUCCCUGGCGCCGAGACGAUGGUGAACGAUACCCUAAUUCGCUCUCUACCACGUGAGGUAGAAGAAAAGCAUAAUCGGUCAUAUCUGCCUGGUCAGAUUGCUUCGGCCGUCAUGCGCGAGGCCAAGGUUGCCGGAUUGGAUCGGAGGCGUGAUGGCCCAUUCGCCAAAGAAGUCAACCAGCGUUACCCGCAAGAAGGAUGGGAGGGCGGCAAACCAGACGACAUCGCUGUCGUCGUUUGUAUCGCAGUACAGGGUGAAGAACAACCUAUCAAGUCGAAGCUUUGAGCAGGAACCGAAGAGUUCGACGCACCACGCACGCAGACACGGUGCAAUCUGGCUCCUGGACUCACAGUGCGGCUGUCUGAUUCAGCUCUCCGUGGUUCAGUAGAGCGCGAACGAUGUGGCCGAAUUUGUUCCGAGUCCGAGGUUCCGACUGUAGCUGGACUCCAUUGAGUCACAGCUCAGAGAUCGGAAGACUGCAGUCCUAUCACCGACAUGCCUCUGCUACGGACCAUUGCCCGUGGUCAAGCAGAGGAUCCGAGACCGCCAUACCGUCUGAGAAAAGGUCUGCCUUCUGUUGAUUGCUUUGGACGUCUUGGAUCUUACAGCGAGUAUCGACUCCGCCUAUGGGCUGCAUUUCCGCAAUGCGUCAUUCGACCACAACGUCCGGGUUAGAAUCGCAACCGCCAUUUGCGCUGGCUCCAAUGUGCAGGCGACUCUUCCCGAUUUGGCAUCGCUGAGCUUGCGAGCUCUAGAGUCUCAUUCGACCUAUUUUUCCGCCUUGGCAUUGCGAACUUGCCGUACGUACAACGCACGCUUCGUGCGCGACUGGGGACCGCGAAACCAUUCGCACCAGGCUGAACGACGAGCGGCGAGGCGAGUCAAUUGAAACUCCCCGUCCCCUUUGGACGAGCAGGCUGCUGCAAAGUGACAAAUGAUGGGCCUUCCCGAUGGCCGCGCUCUGUAGUGGACGGGUCGUAAGCACGAACGAUGUACGAGCCUGACAUUCGGCCAUUUGCUCAAGCAUCAAGACAGACGGUAGUCGGAAAGGGCUUCAAUGCGCAUACCCGUACUCCCGACUUGUGUCGUCUUGUCGUGUCGUCAGUCGGCAAGACAAAAACAGUAGCGUAACCAAGAAGACUUUUGAUUACCAUCUUUGGCCGCUUCGUGUCAUCCAACCAAUGAUAGCCGAAGCCUUAGCAGGUUCGCAUUCCCAUUCGUGAUCGCUACUCGGGCAGUGCCAUCACUUGCGUUACUCUCUCUUUGGCACCCGCUUGCCGCAUAUCGAGCAAAUCGGUCAGAGAUCGCCGCAUGAGCGAGAGAUCAGACGACAGGCUGUGGUGCGUGACGGUGAAGGAUGACUGUGCACCGCGACAAGCGCUCCAACCAUACUCUGCUAUCGAAGGCAAUGAACAGGUCGGUGCGCGCAAGAUGAUGAGCUCAUAUUGCAUCUCAUCGGCUAUCAUCAAGUCGUCGGGAUCAAAUUGAAGAGGUGAUGUGCCGUCACAAGAGCGUUGAGCAAUGCCCAAAAGACGAGGCAACAUGAUAGGCUCACGAAUCCCACCGCUUGUAAGCGCUCUUGCAUGAAGCAGCACGCAGGCCAUCCCACCGAUUGGGCAGUGCCGAGUGGGAUCUAGUGCCGCGUUUGCCAAUCGCCGACAGGAGUAGUAGCACUACCUGCUAAAGUAGGUUGUUCGUCCCUGACAUGAACGCUGUGCUGCGCAGCUGGGCUACUCUGUGUCCGACAGCUUCUAUUACGGCAAACACGGGGCGUCAACCCUGCACACUACGAAGCCAUGCGCGCUGAUGAGCGUCGCACGACAGUCGUUUGCGGUUGCCUAUCGGCGGCUGUGCGACAUGUGCCGCAGAUGCGGUAUUCUGGGUUGUGAGGAGUUAGCUUUCGUGAA